AUGGCAUCCAUGCGGAGAACAGGCACAGGCAAUGGCCGUCCAUCAGGUUCGUCGGUCACAUCGUCGAGGCCAGGUGGACCGUCUCGUCCAGCUCCCAGCUCCGCUGCGGGUCCGCGCGCCAUCUUUGACAAGUCACGUCGCAUCGAAGAGUUCUCCUCUUCCGACGACAAGUGUCCACAAUGCAAGACGGAUCGAUACCUGAAUCCGCGCCUUCGGCUGCUGGUCAGCCCGUGCUACCACAAGAUGUGCGAAUCCUGCAUCGAUCGCAUCUUCUCGCUCGGACCGGCGCCCUGUCCUGAAUGCGGCAAGAAGGUCUCCAAGAAUCAGUUUACGGCUCAGACUUUUCAGGAUCUCGGUGUCGAAAGGGAGGUUGCUGUGCGUCGCACCGUAGCCAAGCUGUUCAACCGUCGCGAAGACGAUUUCCUCGACCUCAAGGCGUACAACGACUACCUCGAAGAAGUCGAAGAGAUCACGUUCAACCUCAUCCACGAAAUCGACCUGCCGCGCACGAACGCAAAGCUGGAGCAGUACCAGGCAGCGCAUCGAUCGGCGAUUGCCAGCUCUGCGAACCUGUCGCAACAGGAAUCUGAUCGGCAGGCACGGAUGGACGAGCAGGAGAAGCUCGCCAAGAAGGCGCGCGCCGACCGGCUGCGUCAGGAAGAAGAGAAGGAGCGCGAGGAGCGCGAACGCGAACGCAUCGAGAUGAUGCGCCAGCUUGAAGGCGGUGGUGAUCCGGAGGAGAUCCUGGAGAAGCAGCGUCAGAAGCGCCAGGAACGCGAAGAACGCCAGCGCCUGCAGGAGCUCGAAUCGCGGCGGCGCGAGAAAGAGGCCGCUCAAGCUGCGUCCAACGGUGCGGGGGGUUCUGGUGAUGCUGUUGACCGUCGACCUUGGAGUGUCGACAUGCUGCUGGACUUCGAGGGGCCUCUGGCGUACUUGGACGAUGCAAGCGCGCUCUUCGACGUGCGCAAGGCGCCAACGGCUCUCGGUGGCCUCGAGGGAGUAAGAGGAGUGUCGGGCUACGAGGAUCCUUGGCUCAAACCCGCGUGGAUUACCAAAGACAUGAUUGCACGCUAUCGCGCCGGCGGCUUUGACUGGGAGCGCCAGGUGUGGACGCGUGGUCUCAGCGCCGCAUGUCAAGGUAUUGGCGCAUCACCCCUCACCGACGCCCCAGAUCUGCAGGCACUCCCGAGCAUGGAGGUCGACUCAUAA